AUGAUGCCCAAGAAAGCUGCCGAAAAGAAGCAAUUGACGAAAGAACAGAAGAAGAGAAUAAUCGAGAAGUUUAGAGCAGAGAUGAAGAAGCGAGAGGUGAUACUUGAGGAAGAGGGGCAGAAGCAGAUCAUGGAAAUAAAACGGGAGUUGGAUGGCCGGUUGAAAUACACACUAAGGAAGUUUUGGGAUUUCAAGGUAGGAGAUGUCUUAAACUACGAAAGAGAGAUGAGGAGAGAGGGGGGAGAGGAGGGUGUACGGAUGGAGAAAGUUGUUGAGGAUCUGGAGAGUGGAAAAGGGCGAGAUGAGUAUUGA